UCUGAACACCUGGCGGAGAAGCUGCUGGUCUGACCGACCCCCAGCUCUCCGGAAACUCAGGGGGCGGAGGUUCCGCCUACUCCUUGGUCCUUCCCGCCCAUCGCUGACCCUCGUGGAGUCCCGGUGCCGGAGCCUCCUUGCAUGACGUGCACCCCUGGGCGCAGCAGGCAAAUGGUCUGGCCCGUUGGUAGCCGCCACCCCUUGGGCACGACAGCUGCUCCAGCUGCUCUUGGUCGGGUCGAGCUUCUGAGCUCUGAGCCGUGGCUGCCCUGGGCGGUGGGCGAGCUGAGGGGAUCCCAGGGCCACCUGUGUGUGCCCGACAGGGAGCCACCAGCCGCCGGCGGGGAGUGGGGACCACCAAGGGACCGGCCACAGGAGCCACCCGGCGAGGUGCCAAAGCUGUAGCUUCCUAGCCCAAAACUUUGUGUCGUGAAAUCUGAGACUUUGACCCAGAUAAUAUGAUAGGAACUUCCUGUGAUUUGGGGCCAUAUCCUACUUAGAUGAACGUGGGACUUCCAGAUUUACUGAGAGCUUGUUACUGUGCGCCUGUUUCUUGCUCUUGCUCAUUUGGCAUAGGUGACCAUGCCGUCUCUGCCUCAUGAAGGGGCUAUUCCAGGAUCCUCGCCCCUGGAUCUGAGUACAGAGCUGCCUUAUCAAUGUACCAUGAAAAGGAAAGUCAGAAAAAAGAAAAAGAAGGGCGUCAUUACAGCGAAUGUUGCUGGGACAAAGUUUGAAAUUGUUCGUUUAGUAAUAGAUGAAAUGGGAUUUAUAAAGACUCCAGAUGAAGAUGAAACGAGUAACCUUAUAUGGUGUGAUGCUGCUGUUCAGCAGGAGAAGAUCACAGAAUUGCAGAACUAUCAGAGGAUCAACCAUUUUCCAGGAAUGGGGGAGAUCUGUAGGAAGGAUUUCUUAGCAAGAAAUAUGACCAAAAUGAUCAAGUCUCGGCCUCAGGAUUAUACUUUUGUUCCUCGAACGUGGAUUUUCCCUUCUGAAUAUACUCAAUUCCAGAACUAUGUGAAAGAACUGAAGAAAAAAAGGAAGCAGAAAACUUUUAUAGUAAAACCAGCUAAUGGUGCAAUGGGUCAUGGGAUUUCAUUGAUAAGAAAUGGGGAUAAAAUUCCAUCUCAGGAUCAUUUGAUAGUUCAAGAAUACAUUGAAAAGCCUUUCCUAAUGGAAGGCUACAAGUUUGAUUUACGGAUUUAUAUUUUGGUUACAUCCUGUGAUCCAUUAAAGAUAUUUCUCUACCAUGAUGGGCUUGUGCGAAUGGGGACAGAGAAGUACAUCCCACCAAAUGAGUCCAACUUGACCCAGCUGUACAUGCAUCUGACCAACUACUCCGUAAACAAGCACAACGAGCGGUUUGAACGCAAUGAAACCGAAGACAAAGGCAGCAAACGUUCAAUCAAGUGGUUUACAGAAUUCCUACAAGCCAAUCAGCACGAUGUUUCUAAGUUCUGGAGUGAUAUUUCAGAGUUGGUGGUAAAGACACUGAUCGUAGCAGAGCCUCACGUCCUGCAUGCGUAUCGGAUGUGCAGACCUGGUCAGCCCCCAGGAAGUCAAAGCGUCUGCUUCGAAGUCCUAGGGUUCGACAUCUUGUUGGACAGAAAGUUAAAGCCAUGGCUUCUGGAGAUUAAUCGAGCCCCAAGCUUUGGAACUGAUCAGAAAAUAGAUUAUGAUGUGAAAAGGGGAGUUCUGCUAAAUGCGCUGAAGCUACUGAACAUCAGGACCAGUGAUAAAAGGAAAAACAUGGCCAAACAAAAAGCCGAGGCUCAAAAGAGGCUGUACGGUCAGAAUUCAAUCAGAAGGCUUUCCCCGGGCUCCUCCGACUGGGAACAGCAGAGGCAUCAGCUGGAGAGGCGGAAAGAAGAGUUGAAAGAGAGACUUGUUCAAGUACGAAAGCAGGUCUCGCGAGAAGAACAUGAAAACCGACAUAUGGGGAAUUACAGGAGAAUUUAUCCUCCUGAAGAUAAAACACUGCUCGAAAAGUAUGAAAGUUUGCUGGCUGUUGCCUUCCAGACCUUCCUGUCAGGACGAGCAGCUUCGUUCCAGCGAGAACUGAACAAUCCUCUGAAAAAGAUGAGGGAGGAAGAUAUUUUGGAUCUCCUGGAACAAUGUGAAAUUGAUGAUGAAAAGCUGAUGGGAAAAACUGCCAGAAUCCGAGGACCAAAGCCCCUGUGUUGCAUGCCAGAAUGCGCGGAGGUGAUGAAGAAACAGAAGUCUUACUACAGCAGCGAGAGCAGCUAUGACAGCAGCAGCAGCAGCAGCAGCAGUUCAGAACUGGAUGAGAAUGAAAAGGAACUGUGCCAGAAGAGACGAGAACAAGCCCCGUAUAACCUUAAACACACCAGUCACUGCAAACUAAUUCAACAAUCCAAUUCCAUGAGGCGUUCCGUCAGCUGCCCUCGGUCCAUCUCUGCUCUCUUACCUUCCAACGGGGAUGUGCGCCCCUUUUCUUCUCAACAAGUGAUACCGUUAGCACGACCAACUUCAGCCUCUCGGUCACAUUCCUUAAACCGUGCUUCUUCCUACACGAGACACCUGCCUAACAGUACCGAUACCAGCUCUUCCAACUCCCACUCUCUGGUGAAUGAGUCUUUGCGGCAAUUGAAAACAAAAGAACAGGAGGACAACCUCACAAGCCAGACCUUGUUUGUGCUGAAGGACAUGAGGAUCCGCUUUCCAGGGAAGUCGGAUGCAGAGUCUGAGCUGAUGAUAGAAGAUAUCAUGGAUAAUUGGAAACAUUAUAAAACAAAAGUGGCUUCAUAUUGGCUCAUAAAAUUGGACUCCGUAAAACAACGAAAAGUUUUGGACAUAGUAAAAUCAAGUAUCCGCACAGUUCUUCCAAGAAUCUGGAGGGUCCCGGAUGCUGAAGAACUGAGUUUAUACCGGAUUUUCAACCGGGUGUUUAACCGCCUCCUUUGGAGUCAUGGCCAAGGACUGUGGAGCUGUUUCUGUGACUCAGGGACCUCUUGGGAGAGCAUCUUCAGUAAGAGCCCGGAGGUGGUGAGUCCUCUGCAGCUCCAGUGUUGCCAGCGCUUGGUGGAGCUUUGUAAGCAGUGUCUGCUGGUGGUUUACAAAUACACCAAUGAAACGCGAGGGCCCAUCUCAGGCAUCGGCCCUGACUGGGGUAACUCCAGGUAUUUGCUGCCAGGAAGUACCCAGUUCCUCAUGAGAUCAUCACUAUACAACAUGAAAUAUAAUUCGCCCGGAAUGACUCGCUCCAAUGUUUUGUUUACAUCCCGAUAUGGCCAUUUGUGAGACUGAAUGCUGGAGUAUUGUCAUGGGCUAUACAUAAUAGCAAUUCAUUUAUUUUGUCUAGUUGAACCUUGAGGAAGUGACCCUUAUGUGCCGUUUUAUGUAUAUAUGUCAUAUAAGUGUGUGGAAUACAUACACACAUGCACUCAAGUAACAUAUAAAUAUAUAUAUUUAUUUAUUAUAUGUAAGAAGAAUUAGCAGAAAACUGAAUAUAAGACUUAACCUUUCUGGAAAUAUAAUAAACCAUGUUAAAGUUGUUUACACAAAUAUGCAAAUGUGUAGAAAUUGCUAGGUUUACAAUUAAUUACUUCCUACUAGAAAUGUUAUUUUUGCUGCAGAGUAUAUAAAGCAGAAUUGAUCUUGAAGAUCCCCUUACAGUGUUAAAUUAUUUUCUAGAUAACACAGCUUAGAGUUCAGAAAGCACCGAGCAUAUCUUAUCACUGACUUCUCUCGCUUCUAGCAACUGUUUAACAGUGAAACACAAGCGAUGCAGAAGCCUGGGGUUGGCUUGAUGAUAGGAUUAGGAUGAAACGGGUUUAUGGUUACUGUAGCACACUGUAAAGUCCUAGAACAAAAUCCUCGCCUGACUCCCCAACAUUUUAUCCUCCUAUGUGGAAACAUAGCUACUUGUUCUCAUGUAUACUUUCAGGAAAGAUCUGAUGAGGUCAUAGUGUGAUCUAAAGGGGAGACAGUCCAGUGGCUUCCGAAUACAAUGCAAACUUGCUUUGACUUUCCAUGAGAGUCACACAAGGAGACAAGAUGGUGGCAGUCAUAGGGCUUGGCUGUGGGACUUUUGUGACACAUAGCACUCACAUUUCUCUGGAAAAUAUAUCAUGGAUGGGUUUAAGUCUCUCAGUGUUGAGACCAAUAUACCUUGCAAAGUGUCUAAUGACAGUGAUGUCUCAUUUCACCUCAGAAAAUAAUCUGAAGGCUCUGAAGAGAAGCCUACACGGAACACAUGUCACUACCCACUGAUGUGCCAUGGAGCCAGUCUUUAAUUCAACUUCAGUGUGGCAUUGUCUUUCUGUCCAGGCACUGUGCAUGUGUUCCCGAGCAGCAUACUCCCAUGCUCCCUUUUCUUGCUCACAGUUUCAAAGCCAAUGUGUUGCUUUCAGUUUCCACAGACAACACAGUCAUGGAUUUUUUAACUCAGGAAGUAUAAUAUUUGCUCAAACUUCCCUCCAAAGGUUUUACUCACAGAUGCUAAGUAUUUGCAAAACUCAAGAUUGUUUACCAUCUUUUCAUAUCUUAGAAUAUAUUUCCAGUAAAUGAAGAAAUAACUCCACGGCGGCAGCAGUCAGAGCCCAUUUGUCCCAGGCUCAUUCAAAGGUGGAUCGUUGGUGACCCAAGUUGUAAGGUAUAUGUAUUUUACUUUUAAAACCACCUUUGGAGAAUAUAUUUUUUACUGCAAUAUUCAUUAUUUUACACAAAUUAAUGGUAGCCAUUUUACUUCUUUAUGGCUGCUCACCCACACACAUUCCAUCAGAGAUUUUUCCGAGUACAACCCACAUAGUUUUUUCUUGUGUUUUCAAAGGAGACUAAAGCAUCCAAAUGAAGAAAAUGAAUGUGGAACUUAGGAGUUCAUAUUGUGAAUUAUUCAAUAAGGUACAGAGUAAUUAAAAUAAGUGAUACAAAUAUUAGAACAUUACAGAAUCUUUAUGGAAUAAUCAGCAGUCAGUCCUUUUAAUGGUUUAUUUAUAGUCAUUUUUGUUUUCAAUUCAUGUUUAAAAAUCAUGGAAAAAUAAAAGAACAUAGAAGUUAUGGAUAUAUGUUUUAAAGUAAUUGGUAAGUGAUACCAACCCAAUUUGUUGUUCAUUCACUUUGUGUAUAUUAAAUCACAAAUAAUUAUUUGAUGAGAUAGAGUAUAUGCUUUGAAACUUUUAUUUCAUUCAAGAAAGGAAUUUUUGUUUAAAACCAAAAAAAAAAAAAUUGGGGCUUUGCCACAGUAGGUAUUCUCACUCUAGAAACGCACACACAUUAAAAAACAAGCGUACAUUUAAAUACAUAAAACUGCCAAGUAUUUGGUGAGCAAACAUCAUUCCUUUAGCUACUCAAGCAAGGCCUUGUUCUGAGAACUAGAAUUUCAUUGCCUACAUUUUUCUGUCUCAACUGGUUGGCUACGAUGAAGUCGUGCAGAAAGCCAUGUGCUCAUUAUUUAUGUGCAUUACCUGGUGUGCUGUGGGCUGUGGUUGUCAUAGCACCGUUCCCUAAUGAGCAGCUAUGAGAAGACAUGAUAAUGAGCCAUGGAAGUCUCAGGAGGCCAUAGAUGGGUUUUAGAGGUAUAAAUUAUUCCUUAGUUUUUGUUAUCAAUUUCUUAUGCAGAUGGUUAAAACAUAUCUACCUAAAAGACAGUAUGAAUUUCUCUUUCACAAGAGAGAAAGAAAACUUCAGAAACUACUUGAUCUCAUCAGGGUUUUGUUGUUGUUGUUCAGAUGGAUUUUGGUUUACUUACCAGGGUAGGGGAUAGGUAUAGACAGGUUGCCCUAGUAGUUUGGAUCAGCUCAAGGUUGGAAUGCUUCCCCAAACUGUAAUAUAUGAAUUUUUUCCAAACUAAGUAGUAGCUUGUUUAUGUUAUCACCUACAAAUAAAAUCCAAAGUCACAGUUUAGUUUUCCCUAAGUAAACCAGCCUUGUGGGUUUGAAUCUAUUAAAAGACCCUGCUGCAAUUCAUUUUACUUUGCAUGAAUUUUAUUUUGUUUGAUUUCAUUUAUCUUCAACAUAUGAACAUAAAGUUUUAUAUGGAGCACAGAGUGAAGCAACUCUGCUGUCUGUAAGGAUUUUCCUGAAUUAGAUCAAAUCCCCUAAAGUUUCCUUGACUCCUUAUCUCUAAAGUUCAAACCAAACCCACACUCCUUUCUUUUAACUAAUAUUUAUGCAUGCACAGGAAAUAAGUGUCUCCUAGACUUUGAAAAAAAUGAUUAUAUUCAAAUUAUCUCUUUAGCCUGGAAAAUAGAUGAGUAUGGGAUUAUGCUGAUUUGAAGCUUCAGUUGUUUGAGUAUAAACCCAAUGCUUUCUUCUUUAACAUGUCAGUGUCAUUUAUGUAAACAUUAUCUUCAUAUUUAAACAUAUGCAAUAGCACUGUUCAAAAUACCAAAAAGAUAGCUGCAUAUAUGUCAUUGUUUAAUCUUCUGUAAAGCACUGAUUCCUUCUUAAAUAUAUAUUAUUUAAAAGGUAGUAAAUACCUCAAGAGUGAUAGAAAAAUCCCUUCCUUUCCUAUUUAGCAUUGCUAAUUUGAAUUCGGGAUCUCAUGUACUUGUUCUAAGCAUUAACCAACAAUAAAAGUAUAACUGUACAAUUGUA